AUGAUUAAAAUAGAUGAAGAUGAUCCUGUUGGAGAAUUGGAGCCAAGUUUUCCAUAUCGUGAUGUUAACAUAAGAAGAGGAGUUGAUAUAAAAGAUUUUUAUGAUUUACAAUCAGAAAUUGGAAGGGGAAAAUUUGGAACGGUUUAUAAAUGUAAAGAAAAAUCAACGGGUCUUUUUUUGGCGGCAAAAAUUGUACCUACAGGUAGAAAAGAAGAUAAAAGAAAUGUCGAAAGAGAAAUUGACAUAAUGAAAACUCUUCAACAUCCAAGAUUGAUACAAUUAUAUGAUGCUUUUGAAAAAGAUAAAACAAUGGUUGUCGUUUUAGAAUUAAUCGAAGGCGGUGAACUUUUCGAAAGGGUUAUAAGCGAUGAUUUCGUACUAACGGAAAAAUCAUGCACGGCAUUCAUGAGACAAAUAUGCGAGGGUAUGGAAUUCAUACACAAACAAAACAUCCUACAUUUAGAUAUGAAACCGGAAAAUAUACUUUGCCUAACAAAAACCGGAAAUCGUAUUAAAAUAAUCGAUUUCGGUUUGGCGCGAAAAUUCGAUCCGGAAAAAAAAUUACAAGUUCUUUUCGGUACGCCGGAAUUCGUGGCACCAGAAGUCGUUAAUUUUGACAGGAUCGGAUACGAAACGGACAUGUGGAGCAUCGGCGUCAUUUGUUACGUCAUGUUGUCAGGUUUAUCUCCUUUCAUGGGAGAAACAGAUAUUGAAACAAUGGCAAAUGUAACAAUUGCAAAAUGGGAUUUUGAUGAUGAAGCUUUUAAUGAAAUAUCAGAGAAUGCAAAGGAUUUCAUAUCGAAUUUAUUGGUUAAAGAAAAAGAGAAACGACUAACAGCCGCUCAAUGUUUGUCGCAUCCUUGGCUCCGGAGAAAAUCACCCAUUCAAAUUCGGAAAACUCCAACGGUUGUCAAAAUAGAGGCAUCGCCAUCGGAAUUGGAUUUGGCAAAGGAUAAUUUAAAGUUUUUCGUCGAAAGAUGGAACGAACAUCCGAACAGUCCGUAUAUAUUCGACACGAGUUGUCAAACGAUAUCACCCUGCGUUUCUUUUAACAACAUACAAGAUAGAAGGAGUAGUAGGACGCCAUCUUUGAGUGGUUACUCACCUUCACCUUGCGACUCGAUAUCGUCACUCGUGGAAGCAGAUUUUUCCGAAUCUCCACCACCUCUCUCGCCGAGAAGAUCAUUUAUAAAAAGUGGAGAUUUAUCUCCGACAUCGUCACCGAGAAACCUUUUCUUGGAUCGUUUGCAAAUAUUUGACAGGAGAGCUUCCGAUAGUUCCUAUUUGGCAAGACACGCAAUCGAAGCCGCGACUCGUAUCAAUUUAGCCGAGGAAAUAAGAAAAUUGUCGGAUAAACUAUUAAAAACGAAUUCCUCGCAAGAUAUUAUUAUUAAUAAUAAUAAUGAUGAUGAUUCUGCAUUUAAUUUCGAUAUCGAUGGGAAAAAUUCAUUUAAAUCUAAAAUACAUAAAAAAUAUUCAAAAUCCGAGAGUCAAUCGUUCGACGAGAAUUUCGAAUUAACAUUUGCCAACAGUUCGUUAUAUUAUUCGAACAUAGCAUCGGGAUUUAAAACGAUGGCGACAGAUGUUGAAAAUUAUAAAGAUAAAUUUAUUUUUAAAGAUUGGUUAACGCCGAAAAGAAAAUACAAAUUUUCAAAUCGGGAUAUUCCCAUUCAUCAAACGUCAAUCAAGAGUCCCUCAACGUUGGAAAAUGAAAAUUUGUCAGACACAUCAUCGACUUUGUCAUCGGCCGGUCAUUCAAAUCCUUCUACACCCGAUUUAUUCCUCGACACACCUGAUUUUACUAAAAAUUUAUUUCACAUGUUUGGAAAAUGCGAAAAUGAAACAACAACAAACGCAACAACCGGAACAACAACAACAACAACAACAAAAAGACAACAAAUAAGAAGAACAUCAUUAACCGUUAAUUAUUCGGAUAUUGAAACGUUAAGCGAAAGGACUAAAAAAUCAUUAAUGAAUUUUUUUGAUAAUUCUAAAAAAUCUGAUUAA